GCAGUGCAAUCGUAAAGCUUGGUCUGUAACCUCCCUCAUUUUAUCUGCAAUUAUUGUAAUUCCGUGAAUCGGUACCAGCCUAUGGUUUCAACAUGGCUGCUUACAUGGACAAUUUACAACUUCUCGAGAAAAUCCCCUCGGAUAAACUCGAAUCGUUAUUGCAUCAGGUGAUUGAUGGAAUAUGUGGACAUUGUCGACCCAGAUUGCAAGACUAUGGAAAGAUCUGGACUGGCCAGGAAUGGUUGCAGGUAGUGGAUGCUAGCCAAGCAUGGAUAAAACAUGCAGUGAAGAACGGACUCACAAAAGAUGGGAUGGAGAAAGACUUGGACAGCCUGCCUGCAGAGAUCAGAAGGAAGCUGGUGGAGUGUGUGACGGUCAGACGAGGGGACAUCAGAGACAGUCUAUUGGCAGAUACUGCAGCGAUCUCACAGGCAUACCUCAAAGACUUUGACUGGAAACUCAAGCUUGCUCUCUCCAGUGACAAGAUUGCUUCUGUCCAAGAACCGCUCCUCACUAUUGACUUCAACGUUCAAGAAGGAGAUGAAAACAAGAGAGUGUCUCUAGAAAUGGACAGACAAGAGCUCAGUAAACUCAUAGCUUCUUUAGAAACAGCAAACAAGGCAGUAUUACAGUUGAAGACUUGAGGGAAGUGUCAGCUUGUAUCAUUCUCAUCUCUCUGGGAAAUGACAGUUCCAGUAAGUUCUUUGUUAAAAUUUAGAGUAAUUAAGAGAGAUGUUGCUGUAAUGGACCUUUCUCUUAACAACUUUCCAUAAGAAAACACACAUGAGAAUAAAGUGUAGUGUCAAUGCCUUGUGGCAGUUUUAUACCUAGAACUUAAACAAGUGAUGAGAGAAAUAUUUGAUGAACUUUAAAAAUAUGAAAUAUUACAUUGGUUUGCCCUUCCUAGAUACAUCUUAAUAAAAUGAGUAACUUUAAGUUGUGCAUAAAUUUGAAAAGCUUUCAAAGGCUUAAUCUACUGAUGGAAAACUACAUCUUGUAAAAAGUACUUUUCAAAUGCUAUCAAUAAUUACCUGCAUAACCGUUGAGCAGUGUCGAUAUAUUGAUAUAUCGAUAUUAUCAAUAUGGGUUUGAUAUUGAUAUCACCGAUGUUAGUUAUUUUGUAAUAUUGAUAUAUUGAAAAUAUCGGAUUUUGGACAAAAAUCGAAAAUAUAAAAACUUUGAAAACAAUGAUAUUGGAAAUGUAUCGAAAAUGUCGCUACUGAGGAACGAACUUUAUUAAAAAGGUGCAUUGUCACAUUGCCGUAAUUUUCGAUAAGCCAAGGCUUACAUUAGUUCUCAUGCUGAGUGAAAAAUGUCCCAAAAGCUUAUACUCCAGGCAGCUUAUACGGUGACAUUUGAAGAAUGAAAUCAGUCACCUAUCUCAGUCUCGCACUCAAUAAUUAGUGUUCACUUUGCCUCGAAAAUGUCACAAAAUUUAUCUUCCCAAACAGAGAAUUAUUUGCUAGCCAAAUAAACGUAGACUAGCACCAUGUGCUGUUGAUAUCGCUUUGCACGGCAGUGUGUAUCUUAUCCCAUGUGUUUAGGCAAUCUACGCAAUACGGACGCUAGAACAUGUCCCCAAAGUGACUUGGAUCACACCAUUAUGGUGUAGGGGUGUACCUUAGAACAAUUUGUGUCCUGUCAUGACAAAAUGAGAGUAAAUUUGCAUCCCACUCUUUCCUGUUUUGAAGGUUCAAAGUCAUAUUGAAGUGGAUGUCAAUUUGUUAGCUCAUUUUGUGCUGACCGGUCACAUUUACUAGCAAUUCAAGCCUGUUAUAAUACCUUGAAAAUUAAAAUCAAUAAAAUUCAAUAUAUCGAUAAUAUCGAUAUAAAAAAAAACAAUAUAUCAAUAUUGGCCAAAAUACAGUAUCGAUGGUGCCCGUAUGUAUUUAUAUAUGCAUGUAUACAUAUUACCCUAUGACUCGCUGAUCUCUUACUAGUAAUGGGAAAGUGCCUUUUUUUCUGAUUGAUGGAUCCUCCCUCCUGCAGUGUCCAUAAGCAUCAGUUAGAAAACAUUAAUGUCUAGACUGAUGAUUAAAUAAUUAAAAUGUUAAAUUGUCUCAUUUGAAAUGGAUGCGUAAUUGUGUCACUGUUUGUUCCUUUGGAGUAGAAUCGAUAACACGGACUUCUGUGGAAAGUGUUGGAAUCAUUGGACUGAUUGUAAAGGCAAGGAUGCUUUGUGUGUACAUUUAACAAAUCAGUAGCAUUGUUUGUCAUCGCAAAUUGCCGAUAAAAAUUUGUUCACAUUCUUCCCUUUUCUUUACAUUUCUGAAGUUUUUGACAAUUGUUGGAUGGUAUAUUUUUCUCUUCAUUUUAAUUGACCUUUUUAUAUGGAAAAGUGAUGAAAAUAAACAAUACUGUAUAUAUAA